AUGGGCAGAGUAAAGAAGAAGGGCGACUCGGGAAACGCCAAGAACUAUAUCACCCGAACCCAGGCCGUCAAGAAGCUCCAGAUCAGUCUUCCCGACUUUCGAAAGCUAUGUAUCUGGAAAGGUAUCUUCCCACGAGAGCCGAGAAAUAGGAAGAAGGCCAACAAGAGCUCAACCGCCUCCACUACUUUCUACUACGCCAAGGACGUUCAAUAUCUGUUGCAUGAGCCUUUACUUGGCAAGUUCAGAGAGCAGAAGACUCUCGAGAAGAAGAUCUCAAGGGCUCUUGGUCGCGGAGACGUCACCGAUGCGAGCCGACUCGAGCGCAAUGCCGCCAGACCAGACAAGACGGGCAAGCCGCGGUAUACCCUUGACAAUGUCAUCCGAGAACGAUACCCGACCUUCGUCGACGCCCUACGCGAUCUCGACGACUGUCUUUCCAUGCUAUUCCUCUUCGCGAACCUGCCAUCCACGUCUACUGUCCCCGCCAAGAUGAUUGCCCGAUGCGAACGUUUAUGUCUGGAAUUCCAACACUACCUGAUCAAGUCGCAGAGCGUGCGCAAGUCCUUCCUGUCGAUAAAGGGUAUCUACUACCAGGCAAACAUUCAGGGCGAGGAUAUCCUGUGGCUUGUCCCAUACAAGUUCAACCAGAGGGUUGUUGGUGAUGUGGAUUUCAGAAUCAUGGGUACCUUCGUUGAGUUUUACAUGACACUCCUUGGUUUCAUCAACUUCCGAUUGUAUACCUCGAUCGGUCUCAAAUAUCCGCCCAAGUUUGAUCAGGCCAAGGACGAUGAGGCUGGCGAACUAGGCGCAUUCAAACUUGAAGGAAAUCACACAGCAACCGUCCCAAGCGAACCGGCGCAAUUGACGAAUGGGGAUUCCGAAGCCGGCCCGGACCCGAAGACCCAGGCGCAGGUGGAUAAGCUCAUUCAGCAGAUGAAGGAGACCGACGUGGACGGGCAACAGAACGAGACUGAAGCAGAAAAGGAAGGACCGACCGACGCGAUUGACAAGUUUGAGCCUGCUGCGCCAGGCGGCGAUGUCCUACCGCAACCCAUUUACGCGGGCAACGAGCCCGAGUCCUUGUUCGCAAAUUGUACUUUCUUCCUCUCCCGAGAGACGCCGAGACAACCGCUCGAGUUCUUACUCCGUUCGUUUGGAUGCAAACGGGUGGGUUGGGCUGCCGUGCUGGGAGAAGGUGCUUACACGACCAAUGAACUCGACCCCUCCAUUACUCACCAAGUCGUCGAUCGUCCGGUUGUCCAGGCUGCUAUGGAGGAGGAUGGCGAUGCGGAGGACAACCAGACCUCCCAGAAGCUUGCACCAAACCAAAGAGUGCCUGGCCGUAUCUACGUGCAACCACAAUGGGUUUGGGACAGUAUCAAUGACGAGGAAUUGAAGAGACCGGAUCAAUAUGCCCCCGGUGCUCAACUUCCGCCACAUCUGAGUCCGUUUGUCCAGCCUAUACAAGGCGCCUAUGAUCCGACAAUACCCCUUGAGGAGCAGGAACCCGAGGGAGAGGCGUUGCAAGACAGCGAAGAAGAGGUGGACGAAGAAGACAAAGACGUUGAGGAUGCAGAUGACAGCCUUGCUGUUAGGAAGCUGAAGGCGUUGUCAGAUGGAAUGGAUGUGGCUCCAUCUGACGAAGAGGACGAGGAUGAGGUUGAUGGCGACGACUUUGGAGGCUUCUCGGAAGACGAGAAAGAUGCCAAUGAAGACGAGGAUGAUGAAGAACAAGCUGCUGAGCUACAAGAACAGCGAGAGCUUGAGGCUGAACUAAGUGGAAAGUCGAUCAAGCAGGCUGACGCGAAUCCUCGAAGCAAAGCCAAGUUGGAGGCGAGAAAGAAGCUUGCCAAGCAGGCGAAAGAAGAGGAAGAAGAGGUCGAGAGAGCUAAGGGAAUGCUGAGCAAGAAGAAGCGGAAGCUAUUUGAGCAGAUGCAGUACACCAACAACAAGAAGAGCACCGAGGACCAGAAGCUCCGGGAGAAAAGGAGAAAGCUGGAAAAGAAGACAGCCAAGGGAAAGGCGUAG